CCUCAGCGAGGAUGUGAGCGCACAUUACAACUGACUGUGUUGAAGACGCCUUUUCAGAGGAACCAGCUCCCUUGAAGCUGUUACACAACCUACUUUGUUGAUCGCGACAGUACUACGGGGUGGCCUCACAAUCAGUUACCAAACAGUUCAACAUGUGGUGUGGGGUGUUUCUGAUGGUAUCCAUGUAUGUCCCCAUAGCAGUCGGCUCAAUAACGUUCACCACACAAGGGUUAAUGGAAUUUGUCAACCCCAUGAUCUUUGGCUUUGAUAUUCGGGGAAAGGACUGGAUCACGUUCAGGAUCAUGGCGUGCAAGGACUUCAACAUCAAACUGUACUUCCGUGACCAAGAGAUGUACCGAAUGCUACUUGGGGGUUUUCACAACAGUAUGAGCCGAUUCAUCGCAUUUGGGACGUCUGAAGACGUCUCUGGGAAGGUCUUCACCUGCACUGGCUAUGAUGAGUUUUGGACCUCUUGGGAAGAUGGUCAUUUUAAAGUUGGUCGUGGCAAGCAAAAGGAUGUUGACAUUCUCUUCAGUGAUGCUGGGUAUACAGUUCCUGGCGUCGACAGCUUUACUGUGAAUGCCCCGAGCGGUUCAUUCAUUUUUGAGUAUGACAACUGUACGAGCCCUCCUGACAUCGAGAGACUUGACGGGGUGAGAUAUACUGGGGGGUUUGUACUGCGGACCUACUCCGACGUCUCCAGGGCCUUCUGCAUCACGGAGUGCGUCCUCAGCAACAGGUGUUUCAGCCUCAGCUUCAACAGAGUCGACAGUGAAUGUGAACUAUUUACAACCCCCUUCAACACAACAGACUUAUCAUCAGCACCAGGCUGGGAGACAUACGUGUUCCCUGAUAUUAAGUUAUAUACCUGAAUUAACACAUUUAGUUUUCCAAGAUUUGUGGAGUGCUUGAUGUUCGGAAAAUUCAUUUAGAAUAAUGUUGCAAACUAGAUGUUGCACGAAUUUAAAUUAAUGUCCGCCCAUCGAACAUGGCAACUCCCAUUCUAUGGAACAACCUCCCAAUGUCGCUGACCUCCGCUCUAAGUCAACAAACUUUUCAAAAACAUCUAAAGACACAUCUAUUUGAAAUGAACUAGACUGGGACUGCAAAAGCGCCUGUGAGCAGCCUAGCUGGAACUCGGCUCUAUAGAAGUAGAUUACUAUUAACACUAAAUAUCAUCCACAAGUCCACCCACUGUGAAUAAAAGACAUCACAAGUAAUUUUCUAAACUACUCCAAGAUGCAUGGGACUUUACUGACGUCAUUGCUACAAGGGAUGGUGCCAAGGGAUGGUGCCAAGGGAUGACGUGAUACGUUUCGAAGCCAUAUCAACUGGAUUGAAAAAAUGCUG